ACGUCAAGAUCUGCACGCAUCACUUCGCCGGACUAGGCACGCGACAGUCUAACAAUCAUUGGGAACUGCUGUCAGGUACAUGUACUAGUGUUUUGUCAUUGUGACGAGUUUCUCCUCCUCGUUGUUGUCUCGUCAACCAGUACUUUGAGCCGGUUGCCUUCAAUUUGUACAAUAGAAUCGUCCUCCCUUUCCCUUUUGACAAUAGCCAGAACAUCGUGUCUACUUUUUUCGUAUCUUUUCUUGUGGUAAUCAAUUCACGUCACGAACAUCGUGGUGUGCCAGAUAUUCCGCCAGUAUGAAGUGCUUAUCGUUGCUUGGCAGCCUUGGUUUGGCACAAGCAUUGUACCAACAACCUCUCUACUCGACCUACACCUUCAACCCGCUCGAGCAUCUCGCCGGUAUCGCGCCAUACUUCGAGCCUGCGGAUCCAGCUCGCGAUCCUUCACCUCCGCAAGGAUGCCAAGUUACCCGUGCUGCUUACCUAGUUCGACACGCGGCCAUCAAUGCCAAUGAUUUCGACUACGAGUCGUACUUGGAACCCUUCUCGAGCAAGCUCAAGAAUACCACUGUCGAUUGGAGUAAGAUCCCACAGUUGUCUUUCUUGAGCAAGUGGAGCGCGCCCAAGUUCCAGGAAGAGGAACAAUUGACACGUACUGGCAAGCUGGAGGCUGCGCAGUUGGGUGUUCAACUCUCAUAUCGCUACCAUGACCUUCGCCUGCCCAAGAAAGUCUGGGCCAGCAGUGCCGAGCGGACGGUCGUCAGUGCUGAAAGUUUCAUUCGUGGCAUCGAAAUGGAAGAAGAUGAAAUCAGCCUGGUGACUAUCGAUGAAGGAAAGGAAACGGGUGCCAACAGCUUGACUCCUUACAAGUCAUGCCCGAAUUACUCUGGCGCAGCUGGAUCGAAGAAAAGCAGUCAGUAUGUCAAGAAAUACACUACGCCCAUCUUGACACGCCUACGAUCCAUGGCGCCCGCGUUCAACUGGACGUCUGAAGAUGUGGUCGGCAUGUUCGAAUGGUGUGGCUACGAGACUGUGGUCCGAGGACAAUCGCCAUUCUGCUCGCUGGACCUGUUCCGCUCUGACGAGUGGCUGCAAUUUGAGUACGGCCAGGAUAUCAUGUACCACUACAAUACUGGCUACGGCAGCCCUUACUCCGGUGCCAUCGGCUUCCCAUGGGUCAACGCGACGCUGAACCUCCUCGACACCCCUGCGAGCAAUGAUACUCAAGAUCUCUACGUUUCAUUCACUCACCGCGAGCUCCCACCAACUGUACUCGUGGCCCUUGGCCUCUUCAACAACUCCGAGCUGACCGGCAGCAAUAACAUCAACGCCACCAUGCCGACAGACCGAAUCAACUACCACCGACAGUGGAUCAGCUCAUAUAUCCUCCCGUUCUUGACCAAUGUCGCCAUCGAGAAGAUGAACUGCUCCGCGGCUGACGGCUUCCAGAACGCUACCGACCCAACCUUCUACCGAGUGCUGGUCAACCGAAGUCCGCAGACUUUGCCCGACUGUUUCGAUGGACCGCUCGAGAGUUGCUCGGCGGCCGGAAUGAAGAAGUUCCUGGGCGAGAGAGGCCAGUCGAUCGGAGAUUUCAGUACGGCUUGUGAUGUCGGGUACAAGAACACGACCAAUGUUCUUUCGAUUUUCUCGCAGGAUCUACAGGGCGAGACGGUCGGGAAGCGGAGGUCGCUCGCUCGACGAUGAUGUGGAGAUGGAAAUGAUACUCUGUAUUCCUAGGCAUUAUUUCCGAAGAUUUCCGAUUCGGAAUGAUAAUACCCAUGAUUUUGUCAAUGCCACCGUGUGAUAAUGUGCAUCAGAUAUUGAAUGACGGC